AUGAGCAGUCUCAACUCGCGAGAGUCGCGCCAGGAACCAACAGCAUCAGCACCAAAUACACUCUCCUCCGCUAAUACCACCGCGUACAAACAUACUCAAUAUUCCUCUACCCGGCCCUCACAAGAGGAAGACCGCAAUGCAAGCGCUCUCAAUUCCCGCAGGUUCUUGGAUGUCCCAGCUCAUUCUGGAAGCGACAUCAGUUCAUAUCUUUCUACCGAAAUACUUCAACGAGACUUGGGCUCUACUGGAGUCAGAAAUUUCGGUACCUCUGGCUCUGUAUCUGUUACCCCGCCCGACUUUGGUAUACGCAAUCCCGUCUGA